AUACGGGAAGUGAGAGGAGAGGAGUCACACUGAACUUGUAAUAAUAAGGACUGGUUCGUCCCGGUCAGACGGCACCUGGUUCUUCCCUCUUCGCCGAACCAGAACGUACCCAAGUGGAGCCAAACUGAUUUCAAAAGGCGGUCGGAAUGGGCUCCAUGUUCCGCAGUGAGGAGGUCUGCCUGGUGCAGCUCUUCCUUCAGUCCGGUUCGGCCUACAACUGUGUCAGCGAGCUGGGAGAGCUGGGCCUGGUGGAGUUCAGAGAUUUGAAUCCCAGUGUGAAUGCUUUCCAGAGGAAGUUUGUUGGGGAAGUCCGGCGCUGUGAGGAGCUUGAGAAAACCUUCACCUUUCUGGAGCAGGAGAUCAACCGAUCCAUGUCUCCUCCGCUGAAAGGGCCCCUUCUUCCUCCAAGUCCGACUCCUUCCGCUCCUCAGCCCAGAGAGCUCAUCACCAUUGAGGAGGAGAGCGAGAGGCUGGCGCGAGAACUAAAGGAGGUGUCCAGGAACAGAGACAGCCUGCGCGCUCAGCUGACUCAGCUGUGCCAGUACAGAGGAGUUCUGACCCAGACACACUCUCUGACAGCCUCACUGGCUCCUCCGUCUGUGCUGGAAAGUCAAGGGCUGUUUGAUAACCGACAGGACGUCCACCUCAGUUUUGUGGCGGGCGUGGUCCAUCCCUGGAAGGUUCCGUCGUUCGAGCGGCUCCUGUGGCGAGCGUGUCGAGGUUACACCAUCGUUGAUUUCAGGGAGAUGGAUCAACGACUGGAGCACCCGGACACGGGCGAGAUGGUGCAGUGGACUGUGUUUCUCAUUUCCUACUGGGGUGAACAGAUCGGACAAAAGGUCAAGAAGAUCUGCGACUGCUUCCGUACGCAGACGUUUGCUUAUCCGGAAAGCACAACAGAGAGGGAGGAGAUCCAGCGAGGACUAGAGACCAGAAUUGAGGACAUCAAAUCGGUGUUGUCGCAGACAGAAGCCUUUCUGCAGCAGCUGCUGGUCCGUGCCGUGGACGUCCUGCCUCAGUGGAAGGUCCGGGUCCAGAAGUGCAAGGCGGUCCAGAUGGUCCUGAACCUCUGCAGCCCUUCUGUCACUGACAAGUGUCUGAUCGCUGAGGCCUGGUGUCCCGUGGCCAAGCUGCCCGAGCUGCAGAGUGCAUUAAGAGAAGGAGGGAGGAAAAGUGGCAGUGGAGUCGACUCCUUCUACAACCGCUUGCCGUCCUCCACUCCUCCCCCCACCCUCUUCCCCAUCAACUCUUUCACGUCCGGGUUCCAGAACAUCGUGGACGCCUACGGAGUGGCCAGCUACAGGGAGGUCAACCCAGCUGUCUACACCAUCAUCACGUUCCCCUUCCUGUUCGCCGUCAUGUUCGGGGAUGUGGGUCACGGUUUGCUGAUGACUCUGGCGGCGCUCUGGAUGGUUCUGGAGGAGAAGGACCCCAAACUGAAGAACAACAACAACGAGAUCUGGAGGAUGAUGUUCGGGGGUCGCUACCUGAUCCUGCUCAUGGGGCUCUUUUCUGUCUACACGGGGGCCAUCUACAACGAGUGCUUCAGCAGAGGACUCACCACCUUCAGCUCGGCCUGGCACGUGGGCCCCAUGUUCCAAAACAACCUGUGGAAUGCCACGGUCCUGGAGCAUAACCAGUACUUGUCCAUGGACCCCGUGGUGCCCGGCGUGUUCAGCAGCCCGUAUCCGUUUGGGAUCGACCCGGUUUGGGGCAUGGCCAACAACAAACUGACCUUCCUCAACUCAUACAAGAUGAAGAUGUCGGUCAUCAUCGGGGUCAUCCACAUGACCUUUGGCGUUUGCUUGUCACUGUUUAACUAUAUACACUUCGGUCAGUACAGCAGCAUCUUCUUCGUGCUGAUUCCGCAGCUCUUCUUCAUGCUCUGUCUGUUCGGCUACCUGGUGUUCAUGGUCAUCUACAAGUGGAUCGCCUUCACUCCGGCCAUGUCUAAAGCAGCUCCCAGCAUCCUCAUCCACUUCAUAGACAUGUUUCUGUUCACGGAAAACAAGGAGAACCCAGACCUCUACCGCGGACAGGGGACGGUUCAGACGGUGCUGGUGGUUCUGGCUCUGUGCUCGGUCCCAGUCCUGCUGCUGGGGAAGCCCACGGUUCAAUACAUUUUAUACACGUUGAGAAGAAACCCAGUGGCGGAGGAACGACGCCCUCUAGUGGGUGAAAGCUCGAUCAACGUGCGUGCAGGGGAUGCGGAAGGACGAGCGCCUGUGGAGGAGUUUGAUGCCACUGACGUGUUCAUGCACCAGGCCAUCCACACCAUCGAGUACUGCCUGGGCUGCAUCUCCAACACGGCCUCAUACCUGCGACUGUGGGCUCUCAGUCUGGCUCACGCACAGUUGUCGGAGGUUUUGUGGGUGAUGGUGAUGCGGAAAGCGCUGACCUGGCAGGGCUACGUGGGCUCUGCGGUGCUCUUUGUUAUAUUUGCCUUCUUCGCCGUGCUGACAGUGUCCAUCCUGCUGGUGAUGGAGGGUCUGUCUGCUUUUCUGCACGCGCUCCGUCUGCACUGGGUGGAAUUCCAGAACAAGUUCUACAGCGGAGCAGGCUACAAGCUGACCCCGUUCUCAUUCUCAUCUUUGAUCAACGCGGCACCUGUUGUAUGACAGACUUGCAGGCCAAAUAGCCAGUCAAACAGUUCAGUCCCAAUACUGAAGCCUGGUGUCUCACUAUAGUUCCUUUGAACAAGACGGUUCUCUAUUUCACGGGUUCAAUUCGACUCUGUGAAUAUGAUCAAGUCAUUAUUGAUUGUGGAACAACAACGUUUGCAUUCCAUAGCUGGUUUUCACCGACGGUUAACUGUUUAGGAACCGUCCGACUUCUGCAGAAAGGGAACACACAACAAACUGGUCCACAAUUUAAGGGAGCACAUGCUGAAGAGUCUUGAGGAUUAGUCAUUUAGCCAAAGAUGCCAACAGUUAACGGUGUCCCUGUGCCUUACUGGAAAAGAAUGGUCAUUUCAUGAAGUAUUUUUGAUAUUUCUCACACAUCUGACUUGAUGGCACUGUUUGAUCUAUUUUGAACUGCAAAUAAAUAUUGAAUGUCU